UUGCGGGCAGCGGACCCAGAGGGUGACAGUUGGAUGGGGCGGAAACCGAAGUGCAACACUUUGGACUGCGCUAUGUGUGGGUUAGGGGGGACUGACGGCAUUCUCAUCUGCAGCAAGCUGGAGACCUCCGAGUAGACGGUGGUGAGGAAGAUGUUCGAGGACGUGAUCACUGUGCUUGCAUCAGCGGAUGGGGAGAUCAAGGCCAAGAAGCUCGCCAACCAGACCGUGCCCAAGGAGGGCAAGCUUUGCUAUCUUUGGUCGGCUUUCAAAGAGCACACCAAGCUGUACAUGGCUCACCACUCUAUCGCCAAGUGGCAAGGCCACUCCCACGGGCGUUGCUUGGAGACGUUUCAGGACGGUGACCUUGUCAUCGAGACCGACUUUGCCGAGAAGGUGCACGUGACGGAAACAUGGAUCUUUGCAUCUGAGGACAUGGCACAUGACUGCGAUUUCCACCUGCACGGCUUGGCCAGGAUGGCGGACCACUACCUGCGUGGAGAUGGGANGCCCGGAAAGAAGGCAGGACGCCUCGGAUUCUCAUGUGUACCGAUGGGUGUGGGAGGCAGCAGCGAGGGGGAGGAGGGUAUGCGGAGGUACUUCGCGAAGUGGUCUCCGUACCGCGUGCAGAGGGUACACGUCGAGCUUAUCGGUAAGGAGAUCUAUCGGCCAAACUCGAUCUUGAAAGGCGUAGAGGGUACACGAGAGAUGUACCACUUUGCGGGAGCAAACACUCCCAAGUGGGAUGAGUCCACCUCAACCAAGGGACGCGAAGAUGACUGUAAGCUCGUGCUGAAGAGCGAGGGGCAGGGGCAGUUGUCGAGUCUAGAGAAGACCCGGUUGCGGGAAGGCAAGGUGUUGGAUGCAGUAGCGAGCAGAUGGAAGGGUGAGGGGGCUAAGUUGCAGGAUCCGAUAUCGGGGGAGGAAGACAUGACUUGCAGGAAGGUGAAACGGACGUGCAGUCUCAGGACUCGUUUGGCGUCGUGCUUCUGCUCGGUGUGCCGGCGUUCUGAGUAUGAGCAGUGCUACGUUAGCAAGACGUUCCCCCGCCUCGUUCCCGUAAUGGAGGAUGGCGUAGUGAAGGAAACGGUGAUCAUGGGCACUGGAGUAGCGCCCGUAGACGAAGAUGCCUCCGAGGGGAUCAAGUUCCCGCGAUACAAGAAGGAAUGCAAAAAGAAGAGAACAACUGGGACACAGUGGCAGGACGGCGGCUCUGCUACUGCAUCAAAGAUUUGGGAAGAGCUUGGAAGGAAGGAAGAGCCCAGUACUUUUUCCAGUUUCGGGAGGUGGGCUGAUAUUUAUGUGACAUGCUUCUUGUAUUUGCUCGUGGAGCAGUGUUGGGCUUCAGAGCCCGUUUGA